GGCGUGCUGUUGUCAUGGGUGGGGGCUGCCCGAAAGGAUGGGGAGUCCCUGCCCCCAAGCAGUACAGGCCAGGUCCCCGCGAUGGCCGCUCCCGACAGGCUGGGCCGGGCUACAAGGAGGGGCGGGCUGUGUGGCCGUCCACGUGAGCUCUGGAAGAUCUGGGGUCCCAGGACCACUCACCCCACCCCCAUCCCCAUAGGGAGGGGCGUUGGAGCGCAGCUCCUGACAGCCGCAGUGGCAGAGCCGGCUAUCACCUCCCUGGGGCGGAGCCUCCUGCCCUGUCAUCAGCCCAAAUUCUAGCCUGGCCUAGAGCUUAGGAUGAAAGUCCAGACGGGGUGUGCAGGAGACUAAGAUGGGGAUACAGACUGGUACUUAGUGGCCAUGACCCCAAAGAGCAGCCAUGCCUCCAGGAAGCCCCAGUACCCCUGGGACACCGAGGGCUGACCCCGGGGAGGUGUCCAGCUACAGUCCUGCCAGGUGAGGGCACGGCAGGCUGUUUCCCCAGCGGACCUCGGAGCAGCCGCCCCAGAGUGGGUGCUGGGCUCAGGAGGGGGCGCAGCCAUCUCCUGAAGCCUUUCCCGGCCAGCCCCAGGCCCUGGAGACUGCAGAAGCUCUGGUGGCCCACAUCUGAAGGCGAGCCUGGACCCAGCCCAGCCUGCAGCCGGGGGCUGAAGAACCGCAGGUUUCCAUGGAGCUUGCAGAGCUGGAGUGGGGAGGGAUCUCCUGGGAGCUUUUGCUGCCUCCCACCCGCCCCCCAACGCCCCCCUCCCGGGCUGGCAGCCUCCUGGCCUGGUGCAAGAGCUCCAUAGCUCUUGAGCUCACAGAUCAGGGAAGGAGGCGUUAUGAGCUCGUGGCUCACACCUCACGUGCUCCUGCAGCCUGCCCCGGCUCCCGCAGCCAUGCACACACUGGAGGGUGUCUGAGUGCACCUUGCACAGCUGGUGGGGGUGGCUUCACAGUCUCCCUGAUAAGGUUUCUCCUGCAGGUGCCUCUGACUUUGAUGGCAUGGACCAGGCUCCGGCAGCAACGGCCGAGGCCUGCAGCCAGGGCUGCUCCACCACCGUCACCCCAGGGCAAGAGCCCCGAAAGGCCGAGUGACUGGAGCCGCCAGCCUGGGGAUAUCUUUUAAGAUGACCCGCACGGACCCGCCGGAUUUGCUGGUGUCAACCGUGUACCAGGACAUCAAGGUGGCGGCCCCGGGGCCCGCGUCCAGGCGCCAGCCAUGUGAGCGCCCCGUGGCCCGCUCCGCUGCGCCCGCGCCCUUCAACAAGCGCCACUGCCGCAGCUUCGACUUCCUGGAGGCGCUGGACGCGCCAGCCAUGGAGACCCAGCCCGAGCCACCGCCCCCCGAGCCCGCCGUGCCACGCGCCCGGCCCCGAGACGGCGAACCGCGGCGCCGUGCGCGCUCCAAGAGUGCACCCCGCGUAUCCCCUGGCCUGGCGCCCGCACCCGCCUCGCCGCCCAUCCUGCAGCGGCGCGCCCGGGAAACCCAGCGCGCGGCGCAGGCUGAGGGGUCGCCGCGCCGGGAGCCCGGGUACCCUGCGCUCCGCGCACUCGCCAACGAGCUGCACCCCAUUAAGCUGCAGCCGCAGCGGGGCGGCCCGGGCCGAAUCGCACCCCUGUGCCCCGCCCCCGGCCGCUGCGCACCACCCGCGGGGCCCGUGCCCCAUGUCCGCUGCCGCCUGGACAUCAAGCCCGAUGACUCGGUGCUGCAGCACGCGGCCCGGGGGUCCCGGCCUUGCGGGCCCGCCGAGGCCGCGCCCUGGCCCCGUGCUGUCCCGCAGUUCCACGGCCUCACGGUGCCUGGGCCUCGCCAUGCAUUGCUGUCGCGCACCCCCACCCCCACAGACUCGUACUGUGCGGACCCCCGCGCGCUGUUCUGCGAUGGGCCGCUGCCAGGGCCCCGGGACUACGCCGAGCGCCGCGGUCAGCUCUUCACCGCGGCCCCGGGCCCCACCCAAUUCUUCUACACAGAGGAGCCGGAAGGCUUCCGGGGAGGCUUUGCUGGCAGCCCGGGACCCCCCUUCGAGGGCUACUGCCCCCGGCCUUACCCGGCUGAGGAGCCCCCGGAGCCCAGUCCGCGGCGCGGGGGCGGCUACUAUGCGGGGGAAGUGCGAACCUUCCCGAUCCAGGAGCCGCCCUCCCGCUCCUAUUACGGGGAGGUCCCCAGAGCCUACGGCCUGCCCUUCGGUCCCCGCUAUGUCCCCGAGGAGCCCAGGGUGGGCCCUGCCACCCGCCCCUUCUACACCGAGGACUUUGGUCGGUACCGAGAGCGCGAGGUCCUAACGCGGACCUACCCGCACCCGCGCAGCAGCCCGGCCUGGGCCGACUGGGGCCCGCGGCCGUACCGCACGCUGCAGGUGGCGCCUCCCCCGGCUCCCGGGCCCCUGCUGGCCUCUUGGCACGGAGGCACCGGCACCAGCCCUCCGCGGCUGGCCACCGACAGCCGCCACUACUCGCGCUCCUGGGAUAAUAUCCUGGCGCCCGGGCCGCGCCGCGAGGACCCUUUGGGCCGCGGCCGCAGCUAUGAGAACCUGCUGGGGCGCGAGGUGCGGGAGCCGCGGGGCGCGUCCCCCGAGAGCCGGCGCCCUCCGGUUGUGGUGAACCUCUCCACCUCGCCCAGGCGCUACGCGGCGUUGUCGCUGUCCGAGACGUCGCUGUCGGAAAAGGGCCGCGCCGGAGAGGGCCUGGGCCGCAACUGGUACGUGACGCCAGAGAUCACCAUCACCGACAACGACCUGCGGGCGGCGGAGCGCCCGGCCACCAGGGGCUGGGAGCUGCCCGGGGGCCGCACGCGGCCGCCCGCUCCCGCCGCGCCCGAGCCUGCCUCUGGCCGCCAGCGCAGCCUCGAGCAGCUGGACGAGCUCAUCACCGACCUGGUCAUCGACUCCCGGCCCGCGGCUGGCCAAGCCCCAGAGUCCGUGCCCGACGGCCUGGGCCGCCCGCUGCGCCGCAGCCUGCUGGACUCGCGGCCGGUGGGCCCCGGGGCCUCUGCCCUGGCGCCGCCGCGCUCGCCCCCCGCGUCAGCUGGUAGCGCCGAAGAGCCCGCGGCCCCAGGGGAGGCUGCCGACGCGUCCCCGGAACCCAGCGCCGACGAGGACGACCUGAUGACCUGCUCGAACGCGCGCUGCCGGCGCACGGAGACCAUGUUCAACGCCUGCCUCUACUUCAAGUCGUGCCACAGCUGCUACACCUACUACUGCUCGCGCCUGUGCCGCCGCGAGGACUGGGACGCGCACAAGGCGCGCUGUGUGUACGGCCGCGUGGGCAGCGUGUGCCGCCACGUGCUGCAGUUCUGCCGCGACAGCGGCCCGGUGCACCGCGCCUUCUCGCGCAUCGCGCGCGUGGGCUUCCUGUCGCGCGGCCGUGGCGUGCUCUUCCUGGGCUUCCCCAGCCCAGGCUCGGCUGACAACUUCCUGCGCUUCGGCCUCGAGGGGCUGCUGCUGUCGCCCACCUACCUGUCGCUGCGCGAGCUGGCGACUCACGCGGCACCCCUGGGCAGCUACGCGCGGGAACUGGCAGCCGCCGGGCGCCUCUACGAACCGGCAGAGUGCUUCCUGCUCAGCGUGUCAGUGGCCGUGGGCCCCGGCGCCGGAGCCUCCCACCCCGCGCCCGCGCCGCGCAGCCCCGGCCCCACGGUGCGUAAAUUCGCCAAGGUGGCACUGGCAGCCGGAAGCCCGGCGCGGCCGCCUCCCGCGCGCACCCGCGAGCCCGACAUGGAGACGCUGAUCCUGACACCGCCACCGGGCACCGCGGGCCUGGACCAGGAGGGCGAAGCGGGCCGGCGGGCACGCGAGGUGGCUUUCAUCCACAUCCAGCGCGAGCUACGGCUGCGUGGCGUCUUCCUGCGCCACGAGUUCCCGCGAGUAUAUGAGCAGCUCUGCGAGUUCGUGGAGGCCAACCGGCGCUUCACGCCCACCACCAUCUACCCCACGGACAGGCGCACGGGCCGCCCGUUCAUGUGCAUGAUCAUGGCUGCGUCCGAGCCGCGCUCACUCGACUGGGUGGCCAGCGCCAACCUUUUGGACGACAUCAUGUGAGCCACCAGACCAAGUCCCAGGCCCACUGGAGCCGGGCCCCCGCUUCUCCUUCGACCACCCACCCCACCCCGUGUUCCGAGCCCUGCCCACCCCCCACCCCCCAUCCCCGCCCGCAGCUCUGGCAGGUCCCAAGCCCCGCCCCUCCUCAUCCCCUCCGCUAAUCCCCAGGGCCCUGGCCAUCCUCCCCGCAGCCCGCGGGCCCGCCUCCAGGAGACUCCACCUCCCACGCCCUCAGGUCCCCAGAGGCCGGUCCUCGCCCUCGGUGCUCCCCGCUGGGAGGCGGGGUGGGCCUGAGGACCUCGGGGCCCUGCCUUCACUCCGAGGCGGGUCUCUUGGCAAGACCCCAGCAAUGGAAAUUCGAUUCCAGUCCAUUGCAUCUCGGGAUUCCGCUGAGCCUCUGAAACCCGGGCUCCCCAGCCGUAGGUCAGGGAGCCCCUGCUGACCAAAGCCUAGUGUCACUUUAAGCAUGCCCCAGACCGCCUGCUGUCCCAAUUUGUCCUGCUCCAGGCUUCCUCGAGGGAGGCGGAGAGUGCUCUGGGUAGCCUGCUUGCUCCGUGCCCGGACAGAAACCCAGGAGUGCCUCUUGGCAGCCCUAGACCAGCCCCAGCCAGGGCGACUGGGAUACUCCAAGCACCGGAGGACCUGGCAGGGGGAGCAGAGCUUGUGGACUGGGGAUGCCAGCCAGAGCCAAGAUCCGUCUGGGUGAGGGUUGGAGCACCUUCCCUAGGCAAAUGGCAGGGCAGAAUAGGGCUGUGUGACCACACAGGCCCAUUUCUCCCAGGGUGGCUGGACAUGUGUGCAGGCGCAGGACCCACAUGGGGUUAAGUGCAGAGGCCCUUCAGGAAGUGCAGUUCACCACCUGGCCUAGGAUGACCUAAUAGCAGGGCUGGGAGCAAGGUGUGGGCACGUGUGUCCAGGACCCAGGGCCACCCGAGGAGCGCGUGACCUGCCUGAGUCAUAGCCUUGACUGCACCCUGGUCCCCAUGCCCUUGCCCUGGCUACACCCCGAGCUGCGAGGUGGGGCCUGAGCUUAGUGCGUUGUGGGUUCUGCUGAAGGAGGGGUGUCCAUCUCCGGGGUUCCAUGGGAGGCACACGACAGGGAGGGGGCAAAGCCAGGCGCUGCACAAGGGCUCUCCCGGAGCCCCAACCCCUCUGGACCCCGGGCAGGGGACCUCGAGUGGAGAAGCUGUGGCCCCGCUCAGUCCCGCCCCGCCUGUGCCUGCCCGCGGGUUUGCACACAGCGGCGGCCUUCGCCGCUCCCCCAGUCUCUUCAGCUCUAGUCCGUGCCUGGGGUCCGGCAAGAUUGCCCGGGACCGAGGUCAUUGCCUGGGCGCGAGCGCUUUCCAACCAAGUAAAAUAGAACUUGAAUGUACCCGCGUUUGUCUCUUCCUUAGGGGGUCGCGGAUCGAGGUCUUCCGAAGUGGGGUAGGGGCAGGGGUCAGGGAGGAAGGCCCUGGGCGAGGCGCGGGAGGUCGUAGGGGACGGAGGCCUUGGUGCUCUCCUGGGGAUCGAGACAGAGGUUCUGGGAUGGAGAUGUCGGUGAUGGGGGCCCUGGGACUGGUGGCGGGGCGGCCAGCACGGGUCCCUGGGACUUCGCCUGUCCCGAUCGCGGGUCGCCUGACU